AUGCCGGCUCCUGCCGUCCCCAUUCCCUCCGCACCUAUCAAGAGGAAGAGGCAGUCAGGCGUGGACGACGAGGUACCAAAGGUACCAAAGAAGAGGGGCAGGCCUCCCAAGGCCAAGCCUGAGAAUGAGGUACCAAAGGUACCAAAGAAGAGGGGACGGCCUCCGAAGGCUAAGCCCGUGGUCGUAGUUCAGGAACCAACCCCUGACACCACCACCACCACCACGACCGCCAACUCCUCAUUAGAGGAGGAUUUCGCGUUCGACCCGGCCCUAUUUGCCGACUUCACCCCUACCACCAUCGACGCACGCGUCGAGGCAGGAACCCCCUGCCGCCUACAAGGGCAUGAGCAAGACAGCGCCGAAGCUGUAGAAACCGUUGAGAACCUCCCGGCCUCCUUUUUCCCCGCGGAUCCAGCGGCUGAGAGUACAUGGGCGGACGCCCCGAUGCACCAAGAACUUUGGAUCGGGGAUGUGGCGCCUGCUGACGACCUCCCGGCCUUCACGUAUCCCGCGUGUCCAGCGGAUGACAGUUGGUGGGCGGACCCCCCGCUACCGGAAGAUUCUUUGAUCGUGGAGCAAAAUUCCGCUGGGGAGAUGAUGGAUGCUCGUGACGCUGCAGCUGCAGCGGAUGAUGGGCUUGCGAAUGCGGCAACAUACGACUCCCUGUGCGACUGGGAGGAUGGUGUUGAUGAUAUGGAUGCAUUGAUAGAUGAGGCGUUUGCCUGA